ACAAGUAAUUUUGUCGCAAAUUGUGAAGAAAAAUGAAUCAGAAGUUAUUUAUAAAACAAAAUUAGAAAUAAAACAGAUUAGUAGCUGUGCAGUGCGUCAAAAAUGUCGAAAACAGUAUUGAAUUUGACUGACACAGUGUAUUUCGGAAUCAGAGAUCAGUGGUACAAAUUGAAGUCAUAUACGCGGACUGGCACAGAUGGCGCCGGAGACUCAGGUACCCUGGACAUGGGCAGCCGGUCCUCACUCCACACCGGCCUCAACAUGUCAGAAGACGAGCACUGGGAGAUGAACUACCAUGAGGCUGCAAUUUAUCUAGAGGAAGGUUUAAACAAUGAAAAGUUCGACUCGCACCCGUCGAGUCCCGAAGAGUUGCCGGCGUACCUGAGAGUCCACAACCCCUGGUAUCAUGGACUGGACCUAUUGGCUUCCUUAGUGCUUAUACUCCUAGCUUUUACUGAAGAUCCCGCCGUGCCUACGUUUGAGUUACCAGUAUGGGCGCACGGCACGAUAGAGCUAUUAGCGUUGACAAUAAUUGGGGUGGAACUGCAUCUGAAGCUCAAGUGGAUCGGCUGGGGGACCAUACUCAAACACAAGAGGACUAUGAUUAAGGGAAUAACAUUACUAAUAAUGUUACUGGAAGCAGUGGUGGUGCUAUGCCGACAAUCCUCCCACUUCCGAGUGACGAGGGCGUUGCGCCCCAUCUUUCUGGUGGACACCAGGCACUGCGGCGGAGUCAGGAGGUUCAUCAGACAGAUACUGCAGUCAUUACCACCGAUUAUUGAUAUGUUAGGGUUACUCAUGUUCUUCGUGGCAACAUACUCGCUGCUGGGCUACUAUCUGUUCUCGGAGCACGUUGACAACGGACAUUUUCAGACAAUAAGCGAUUCCUUCGUUAGCAUGUUUGUUUUAUUGACGACUGCCAAUUUCCCCGACGUCAUGAUGCCAUCUUACGCCAAAUCUAAAUGGUAUGCAGUGUUCUUCAUCCUGUACAUCAUCACAGUCCUCUACGUGCUUAUGAAUUUGAUGUUAGCCGUGGUUUACGAGACGUUCACCCGCAUCGAGCGCGAAAAGUGCCGCGCGCUGCUGCUGCACCGCCGCCGCGCCGCCCGCCACGCCUUCCGCCUGCUCGUGUCCAGGCGGGCCCCGCAUGCCGUCAGGUUGAGGCACUUCGCGGGACUUAUGAGGCAUUAUGCGCCGCAUUAUAGUGGUCUAGACGUGUACCUGAUGUUCAAGCAGCUGAACCAGUCCUCAUCGGGAGGUCUAUCCCGGGCGGAGUUCGCGAACUUGUACGAGGUGUUCGCGCUGCGCUGGGCGGGGCAGCAGUCGCGGGCGCCGUGGUACUCGCAGUCGCCGCUGGAGCCGCUCGGCAGGGCGGCUGCGGCUGCUGUAAGGUGGCCUUACUUCGAGUAUUUGAUUUAUGCUCUUAUAAUUGGUAACGGAGUAGCAAUGGUACUCCGAGUGUGUGAGGCGGCGGGAGACCUGCAGGACAGUGCUCGUCUGCUCUGCGCGUCCUGGGACACCUGGUUAUUCCUUACAUUGUUCCUCCUAGAAGCAGCCCUGCGCAUGAUGGCGUCCGGGCUGGCGGUGUACCUGGAGAGCGGGUGGAACGUGUUCGACCUGAGCGUCACGCUGCUGGCGCUGAUGGGCGCCGUGCUGCUCAGCAUAGCACCCAAGCUGUUCAUCGUCGUUAUAUUUAGACCUUUGAGGUUAAUGCGUCUGUACAAACUGAAGAAGCGUUACCGUGACGUGUUCGGCACACUGGUGCUGCUGUCUCCUCUAAUGUCCUCGGCCGGCUGCGUCAUGCUGGUCAUGUACUACUUCUUCGCCAUUAUCGGCAUGGAGCUCUUCGCUGGUUAUGAUCUUAGGAACUGCUGUGUUAACACGACAGUAGAGGACUUCUACAAGUACUCCCUGAACGGCUCGACGGCACUCGGCUACUAUUACCUGAACAACUUCGAGAACAUCGUGACGAGCGGCGUGACUCUGUUCGAGCUGACCGUUGUCAACAACUGGUUUAUACUGAUGAACGCUUACGCCACGGUCGCGGGGCAGUUCAGUAGGAUUUAUUUUAUGGUAUUCUACCUAUUUACGAUGGUGGUACUGACCAUCGUGGUAGCGAGCGUGUUAGAGGCCUUCAGAUUCAGGAUACAGUACAAACGCAGCACCACUAAAAGAGACGAGGAGAAACUUCUCCACGAAGAGGUGCACACGAGUUGGGAGGAAGCACAGAGGUUGGGAGCCAAUGGGGACCUGGCUGAUGAGCUCAGGCCCAAUCUGCCACCUGGGGUGGAAGUAACAUUUAUCGGAUCUCGUCCGCGUACGAAGGAGGUGCUGCAAAGGAGAAUGUACCAGACUGACAUACAGAAGUGGCUUGCAGAGGAAGACGAGAAUGAAGGAGUACCACCUUCAACAACAAUAACAUCAAGCGAGGAUCCACUCGCCCCUCCCCUCAUCCACCAGCCCGACAGCGAGAACAACCACCAGAUGCGAACCGGCUACCAAUUGUAGAACAUAAUACAAUUAGCGCUGUACCACAGGCUAAUGUUCAUCUGGGACGCACUCAAGAGCUUAUGAUGGGCCAUUUGAGGAUGGGCCCUCAGCUGGCUGCAGGCCUGACCAGGGAACCGUGGAAAUACAUAACUGAUGGGUACGUGCUGCACACUGGCUGGAACUUUUGUUUGAAGGAAUUGACAUUUAAACAUUUGACGUUUAUGAAGUGAUUUGUUUGUGAACGUAUCCGAACUAUUCCAUAGAUUCAUAGAAUUUAAUUUAACAGGAUAUUCUGUGUAACAUGGAAUAAUGAAUCAAUUCCAUUUUAAUGUUAAUUAAUCGAUUAAGAGAUAAUUUCCAUGUUUAUGUGUAUUACUCAAAAUUGUUAUUUAAUUAAGAAUCUUCUCGUAGGAAAUACGUACCUUAUUGUUAAAGUUAGAUGAAACCCUAACCCGCCAGCUAUUAUAAACUAAUACUCUGCCAGUAGGACAUUAUUACCGAGUAGUAUGAAUGUAUACUAAGUUAAUGAUAAUAGGUAUAUUCUGAGAGUUAGCUUAACAUCUGUGAUAGAAUUUUAUGGAAUUAAUUAUGAGGGUGUAAAUCGACUGUACAGACAGAAAUGUGUGAGUAGAUGUACUAGAAUUUUGAUUUAGUCUAGAGAACUUUCUAGAAGUUUGUAACAUAAUUGACGUAUUUGUAUUAAUACCAAAUGUUUAUUUAUCAGAAAUGGCAGCUUUUGAUACUCGCUUCUCAUUCGCAAAUAAGGUGUGAGAGUGAAAUGAAAAUAACAGUCGAGUCAUAGUCAACACAUAGAUCAAUUGAUGCCGUUUGGACAGAAUUAGGCCAAUAAGUGUAUUUUUUAUUAUUUUUGGGUUGUGUUUAAUUUUUGGUUGUAUCCGCUUAUAUUAGUUUAUUAAAAUGUACAAUCUACAAGAGUACACUUUACAUAAGUUGUCUGCUAAGUCUACCGAGUUGAUUAUAAGUUCAAUUUUGUACUCACACAGUUAGCAGGUAAUUUAAAAUGGGAACAGUAUGAAAACUUAUUAGGCAUAAAAUAUUUGAGACAGAAUGACCCUUACUUCCAUAGAUACAAGGACUAACUAUCCUAUUUUAAAUUGCUCUGUACAUAGAAUAGUCAUGUUUGAAUGCGAUGACUGUUUAAUAAUAUUAAAGUGAAGUCGAUAAUUGAUUGAUAUUAUGAAUAAAACGCCUUCGUAGGUUAGGUAGAAUUGUAAUCGAAUAGCUCUUGAAGUCAUAACUGAAUAUUAAAACCAUAGAGAACCUAAUCUUGAAGUGUGAUGUUUCUUAAAAUAAUUAUUAUGAAUUAGAACGCUUUUAAUGAUAGUAUCAAAAUGGGCAAUUAAAAAGAGAGUAUAACUUAAUUGAGUUACCUAUUUACAUUUAUAUUUCUUACUGUACAGUAUUAAAAGUGAGUCUUCACAGAUAGGUUUUGCCAAAGAGGUCUAAGCCAUUUUUUUUAUUUGUCAUUAAGUACGCACUUGAACAAAUUAAGUUACAGCUACUUACAUUAAUUAAGUAUGAACACCUUCCAAAAUCUCCC